AUGCCCCUUCUGGAGAGUGGCUGGCUACUGCGCCACUCGGUGGUCAUGUGUCUGCUGCUGCACAGCCUGGUACUGAUGACCUUCUGCUUCCACCACGCCGCCACCAGCUGCUCCCAGGGCUGCUACUGCUCCGAGAGCGACGGCCGUGGCAAGACGGUGCGGUGCAGCAACCUGCGUCUCACCGAGAUCCCCCAGGACCUGCCCAAUGACACGCAACGCAUCUACCUGGACUUCAACCUGCUCACUGUGGUCCCCAGCAACGCCUUCUGGGACCUGCCCAUGCUCAGCGAGCUGGACCUUUCGAACAAUGAGCUGGCCCAGCUGGAGCCAGGGGCCUUCAGGGGCCUGGGGCCCUCGCUCACCUUUCUGGACCUGUCCUCCAACAAACUGGUCAACUUUAACCCCGAGGCCUUCGAGGGGCUGCGGGCGCGCGCCAACCUGACCAACAACCCGUGGCACUGCGACUGCAGCCUGCAGCUGGCCAUGCCCUUCAUCCACCUGGAGCCCCUGUCGCUGACAGGCAUCGUGUGCGAGACGUCAGAGCCGCCCGACGUGGGGGCAGAGGGCGUGCCCUUCCUGCUGGCCCAGGACCUGGACCUGUGCGUGGUGAUGAAGAAGACCACAGACGUGGCCAUGCUGGUCACAAUGUUCGGCUGGUUCACCAUGGUCAUCUCCUACCUGGUCUACUACGUCCGGAACAACACAGAGGACGCCCGCCGCCACCUGGAGUACCUCAAGUCUCUGCCCACCAAGCAGGAACAGUCCGAGGCCUCUUCUACCAUCAGCACUGUUGUAUAGCCCAGGGCCAGGAGAACCCAGAGGGGAGCUAAGGCUGGAGCGAUAAGCCUGGAGGGCUAAGACAGGUGGUCAUAGGGCCGUAUGUGGAGGCGAAAGAAACCGCACACCUGUUUAGGGAGGCCACUGUACUAGAAUCUGCCUAUACUGUAUUCAGGAUAGCAGAGUAGAACACUUUAAAAAAGGAGAGACACACACUCUUAUAGAGCCAUAACCUAGCUAUAGGGCCUAGCUGCACCCACACCCCAGGCCAUUCAGUGCCAGCCAAGGACAGCUCUGCCUGGCUGUUACGUGGGUGCCACAGCGGCUACAGGAUUUGUGCCCAUGUAUGCAGGAAGCCUGUCCAGACCUGGGCACCAUACA